AUGGCACGUGACUUAUUGAGUAUUCCAAUUACUACGGUUGCAUCGGAAUCUGCCUUUAGUAUUGGAGCUCAUGUCAUUAACAAAUAUAGAAGUCGAAUGUUGCCAGAAAAUGUUGAGGCUGUGAUCUGUACUCGCAAUUGGAAUAAAGGCUUUGUUGAUGGUGAAGGCGAAGGUGAAGAUGUGAAUCCUCAAGGUGCUAGGAGAGGCGGUGUAUCAACUUCUGGAUCAGAUUCAAAUUUUAUUGAUUUAGAAUGCACUUGCCUUUUCACCUCAACUGAACAGGGUAUUGCUUUGUGCGGCAUCCUUCCUGAAGAUGGUGGACCCGACCUCAACCUUGUAAAAGGCCGCGGAGGUGCUCUUCUCCGCGAGAAGAUGGUGGAGGCCGCCUCCGACAAGUUCGUUGUGGUGAUCGACGAAACGAAGCUCGUGUCAGGGCUCGGCGGUAGCGACCUUGCGAUACCAGUGGAGGUGGUGUAG